AUACGGACCAUCUCAUACUCUCUCGUGUCAAUGGCGUUAGCGCAACUGAGUGCAGAGCUCCUGCUCUUGGUCGCAUCUCAUCUCUCGCAACCCGACCUCCUCAAUGUGUCGUUGACAAGCAAGCACUUGCGCGUAGCCACAGAGCCUGCAUUAUAUCGCGAGUUCCACCCUCCUUGUCUCCGACGCCGCCCUUUGUCGAAAUUCAUCAAAGCCUUGCUGAAAGAUCCGAAAAGGCCCAACUACGUGCGCAGUCUGCGGCUUCCCGAGUGGGAGACGAUAGAACCAGGGAAUAUGGAGAACGAUUCUUGGCAUGAUCAUAUUAUAAUACAAGCGGCCAUUACCGGAGGGAAGAGAAUAUACUACUCUAUGACUACAGGGUGGGACCCCUACAAAGUACCCGGUGAGUGUCUCAGUCAAGGAGACUACGACCUGUUUACGAGCGCGGCAAUUACGAGUGGUUAUUUGAGAAAUGUAACGCCUUACGCCAAAGGUGCUGUCGAGUUGAAAAGCUGGGAGAAAAACUAUGACGCCUAUCGCGCGACGCUGUUCUACUGGUAUUACUUUUCGACGGCAAACCUCGAAAGCCUACCCCUGGAUGAGCAGUUCUGCCACUUGCUGAAGGCUGGAGUUGACGAAGCGUACAUGAUGCUUCUGCUGAGUCUCUUGACCAACUUGAGAUGUCUAUCAUUUCCUUGCGUCCCAGCCCGGAGGACACUGCCGUGGGCGAGGGCGCUGCAGCGAUUUUCCUCGUUGCGAGAGUUCACUGCCAUACCCGAAUCAUAUUAUAGCAACGAGUACCACCCGUUAUCCUUCUGGGUCAACGUCCUCACACUACCAACUUUGGAGCUGUUUACGGCCCAUGGUUGCGCAGGUGGGUGGGUUCAACCCGAUGAAGUCGUAAUGCGUAGCCCUUGCACACGGCUUUCGGAUUCUUCGAGCAUAACACGGCUCGUGUUGGAAAGUUGCGGUUUAGAGUACGGUGAUCUGGAGACAGUGCUAGGACGAUGUCGUAACUUGAAAACCUUCCGAUACUCAAUCCAAAGAUACCGGAGAGCGACCGUAACGUCGAAGCGGAUCAUUGAGUUAUUGGCACCGUUUCAGAUGACGCUCGAGGAGCUUUUCCUCGACAACGACUCCUAUGCCUAUUGGCGACGCUUUCAUCAUGAGGAUGUCUUCGUUGAUGAACCUUUCACCUCGCUAGCUCAAUUCUGUCAUCUUGAGAGACUUUGGCUACCGACACACAUGUUCGGCAAUCUUCCUGUAGCAAGGGAAGAGUACCGCGACCCUGCCGUGAUAAGCACUUUUGCUGGAAGUCUACCCCCCAGCUUGAAAGAAUUCAAGCUCUACGAUUCACACACCUAUCCGCUUCUUACACAUCCGGUUCUUGACUGUCUAGUCGAGACUGCCAGCGUCAAGUUGCCAGAUCUUACAACCCUCGAGGUAAUAUCCAGCCAUGACCAUUCCAAGGAGGACUUGAACAUCAUCGAAGAAGAAAGAGAGAUACGCCGAGACUCUGGUACAACUUUUACUUAUAAAUUUAGGUGGUCCCAUUUCAACGGCUUCCAAUUGCCGCAGACUGCGGAGGAGAAGAAAUGGUACAGCCGUGCCGCAACAGAGUACACAUGCUGGGAUGAGGAUCGCUAUGCCAUAAAAUCAUGGGAUGCGUUGCAGAUGCCGAACAUUUUGAGUAGGGAAGAAGUAGAUGAGAAGGAACAUGAGGAGAUUCUCACGAUUCUGGCUGAACUCGAAGACGCGCCUACGUGCAACGACGAGAUCCGUGAAUUGCUCGAGACGGAGUUCGACGAGGUCGCCGCGAUGGGAUUGCAGUUCGUUUAGGAUGCCGCGUGAUGCUGAUGCGACGGACCUGGUUCUCGGAGCAUGGCCAUGCAGGGAAUUAUACCGUUCCAAGAAUGAAGAUUAGUCUACCAGUUGUUAAGGUUCUCCGAACGGCACGGCCACAUGCAAUGCGGAUCACGUGAACAGAAUGUUAACGGUCGAUCCUUCCGAGAAUUGACGUCAUUCAUGUGUUGCGGGG